AUUGGAAGCUAUUUUUAGAAACAUCAAUUAGUGCAAUGUGAGUGUUUGACUGAUGGAAAACAAAGUGAAAUUUCAUAUUAUUCUUUGAAGAAAAUGGCUCUUUGUUGAAAACGAUGUCUGGUUAUAUAACUACUUAAGGGAGAUAGUUAUCGUGUGUAAGCAGAGGCCGCCCCUACGCUGAUAAGCCUGCAGGCUGGGCACCAAAAUUUAAGACGGGUGCGUGCGAAACCAGUUUAGCCGCCAAGCUGGAGCAGACAAGGUUUUACGGGAUGGAGAACAACAUGGCCCAGGGUCGGCCAAUCAAGUGUGUUGUUGUCGGGGACGGCACCGUUGGCAAGACUUGCAUGCUCAUAUCGUACACGACGGACAGCUUCCCCGGAGAAUACGUACCCACGGUUUUUGACAACUACACAGCCAAUAUGAUGGUGGACGGCAUAGCGGUCAGCCUCGGUCUCUGGGAUACGGCUGGACAGGAGGAUUAUGACCGACUACGGCCUCUAUCGUAUCCACAGACGGAUGUGUUCCUGAUAUGUUUUAGCGUAGUUAGUCCAUCUUCACACGAGAAUGUUGUCACAAAGUGGAACCCAGAGAUUAAACAUCAUUGUCCCGACGCACCAGUUAUAGUUGUAGGUACGAAGAUAGAUCUGCGGGAGAACAAGGAGGCGAUAGGCCAGCUGGCUCAACAAGGCCUGUCCCCAAUCAAGCGUGAACAAGGCAUCAAAUUGGCCAACAAGAUACGCGCAUUCAAAUACAUGGAGUGCUCUGCUCUCACUCAACGAGGUCUUAAACAGGUAUUUGAGGAAGCAGUUCGAGCAGUGAUACAUCCUCAGCCUUUGAGACCUAAAAACAAAACAUGCCUACUGUUGUGAAUCUGCUACACUGUGUCAUGUUACUCAUGUACAUACUCUGAUGAACGUGCGACUCUGUGUCAAGUUACUCAUGUACAUACUCUGGUGAACGUGCGACUAUGUGUCAAGUUAGUCAUGUACAUACUCUGAUGAACGCGCGACUCUGUGUCAAGCUACUCAUGUACAUACUAUGGUGAGCGUGCGUCUGUGUCAAGCUACUCAUGUACAUACUCUAAUGAACGUGCGACUCUGUGUCAAGUUACUCAUGUACAUACUCUUGUGAACGUGCGACUCUGUAUCAUGUAUCAUACACUGGUUAAUGCAGAUACAACUGAAAGACAACAUAGACGUUUUUACUCUAGAAAUGGUCAUGCCGCAAGCUUUUUACACACAUAUGUAUACAAUAGGAAAUUGUUGAUCGGUAUAUUAUCAUCCGGUCAAUCCAACAAGUAUAGCCUGUAUCACAUGGAUUUAAAAUUCAAUACCAUGAAAAUGAUGGAAAGCAGAAACCGGUGGUUGCAGCCAAAGUAACACAAUAGAUGAGACAAAAUAUGGGAUAUUUCUUGUGACUGAUCUACUACAGUAUGUUGCAGCGAUUUGUCACAAAGGAUGCUUCCAGAUAAACACAAUUAGAAUCUCUUUCAAAACUUUAAACGUUUUUGUUUGGAAUGAACCUUGCUGUUUUACCAGAAAACCAAACUUAUAUUUCACCAAAAUGUUUAUAUAUAUAUAAAGACAUUAUUUUUGUCAAGAUGUUUAUUUAAUAGCACUGCUUUUAUUUAUGAAUGUAUUUUUGCCUUCAUUGUACAUAGGUUGUGAUAUCAGCCAAUCAGAAUGCUUGUUUUGAAGCAUUCUUUCCUCUUUUGCCAGUUGUAAUUGUAAGAGUGAUUUUCAUUGGAUAAGUGGUUGGCAUAUUUUAGCAUUUUUCAGCAAAAUUCGUAUAUAUGUCUUGUAUUGAAACAUGUUUGAUGGAAGGUUAAGUUAACUCCAAAUAUUUCAUUUAAUUAAGUCAUCCUACAAUGUAUGUACAAUUCAGUGAAUUUUGGACGGCUGGUGACCCCGCACUAUUUUGGUAUCAUUUGAAAUAGUUUCAUGUGUAGAAAAAGAAUAUUUAAAUUUAAGUACUAAAUUUGCACUAUAAACAAAAGUAAGGCAAAUUAUGUUCGAUUUCAGUUGAAAUUAAGAACAAAAAUACAAGCUAAAAUUAUUUUAUCUAUAAUGUAUUUUAAGUCAUUUUAGUUGUUUUGUAAUAUCAGCAAAUAGGACAUUUUCAAACUCUACCAAAAUUACACAGGGUCACCAGGUACCAUAUAAAUGAACUUGAUUGCAAAUGGCACGAUAAAAUCACUAGCUUGAUUGUACUUGAGAUAACUUGAAUCAUUCUAAGAUGCCCAAUUAGCCGAAAUAUUUGCAUCUUCAUAGAUGCUUUAAAGCUGUAGAAAAUGUCAUGUCACAUUGGGUCUUUAUAUUUUAAACACAAAUAUGAUUUCAAGCUGUAGCAAAAGGUCAUAUUGCAUUGGUCCUUUAUAUUUUAAACACAAAUAUGCUUUCAAGCUGUAGCAAAAGGUUAUAUUGCAUUGGUCCUUUAUAUUUUAAACACAAAUAUGCUUUCAAGCUGUAGCAAAAGGUCAUAUUGCAUUGGUCCUUUAUAUUUUAAACACAAAUAUGCUUACAAGCUGUAGCAGAAGGUUAUAUUGCAUUGGCCCUUUAUAUAUUAAACAUAAAGAUGCUUACAAGCUGUAGCUAAAGAUCAUAUCGCAUUGGUCCUUUAUAUUUUAAACACAAAGAUGCUUGCAAGCUGUAGCAAAAGGUUAAAUUGCAUUGGUCCUUUAUGUUUUAAACACAAAGAUGCUUACAAGCUGUAGCAAAAGGUUAAAUUGCAUUGGCCUUUAUGUUUUAAACACAAAGAUGCUUACAAGCUGUAGCAAAAGGUUAAAUUGCAUUGGCCCUUUAUGUUUUAAACACAAAGAUGCUUACAAGCUGUAGCAAAAGGUUAUAUCGCAUUGGUCCUUUAUAUUUUAAACACAAAGAUGCUUACAAGCUGUAGCAAAAGGUUAAAUUGCAUUGGUCCUUUAUGUUUUAAACACAAAGAUGCUUACAAGCUGUAGCAAAAGGUUAUAUCGCAUUGGUCCUUUAUAUUUUAAACACAAAGAUGCUUGCAAGCUGUAGCAAAAGGUUAAAUUGCAUUGGUCCUUUAUGUUUUAAACACAAAGAUGCUUACAAGCUGUAGCAAAAGGUUAAAUUGCAUUGGCCCUUUAUAUUUUAAACACAAAUAUGCUUACAAGCUGUAGCAGAAGGUUAAAUUGCAUUGGCCCUUUAUAUAUUAAACAUAAAGAUGCUUACAAGCUGUAGCAAAGGGUCAUAUCGCAUUAGCCCUUUAUGUUUUAAACACAAAGAUGCUUACAAGCUGUAGCAAAAGAUCAUAUUGCAUUGGGCCUUUAUGUUUUUUAAAGCGCAAUGGGCCAACGGGCCAACUCUUGUAUCGUACAGUUGUUUACACAUCAAUAUAUAGUAUAAGUAAAGUAUAAUUCUGAAGUUAUUAAUAGUUAGAUUUCUCAGCGAAAUUUGACAUUCUUGAUUUUUGCCAUUAUAACAUAGUGUACAUGUUGGUAGGGUGAUCACAUUGGCUUGUUUAAGCCCCUUGCUUUACAACAUGAUAUUAUUCAUUGUAAUGCUGUAAAUGAAGUGUGUAUUAUCGCUUAUUAUAAUACUUAAAGGGAUGUAACUGUAGGGUUGAUUUUACUUUAAAUUGGCAAGAGUUACCUUUAGUACUUGCAUAAUAACUGGUGCCACUUAUCAUGAGAAGUGCAAUAUUGGUAUAUUUUAGGUUGUCUGUUGUUGUUUUUCUCAAAGAAAAAAACCUCAUGGUAUCGUCAUACCCUAAGUGUUGUUGCGGUUGUAAGCGUUCAAAACUUUAAUAUUGCCUAGUUAGUUGUACCUUAAAAGCUGUUUGCAAGAUAUGAAAAUGAAACCUUGUUCACAUGGAACACAACUCUGGCUUUAAUAACAAUAAGUUAUGUCCCUUUAUGAAGACAAAAUAACAGACAAACAUUGUUAUAGCUCCGCAGUGUUCUUCUUUAAGGAUCUUUUACAAGAUCGCAUUUUGUGUUACAAAGGGUAAUUUUGAACAUUGUUAUAAAUUGUGUGACUGUAUUUACGGAAAUAAUACAUGUUUGUGGUUUCAAAUAAUUGUUAUAUUGUUUGAUAUCAAAUAUACUCUUUACUCGUGCACUGAUUUAUUUAAAACUUCAAUGUUCGUUGAUUAGGCUAAGGAAAAAUCUUAAGAUUAUGUCUUUACAAGAUUAAAUGUGUGUUACUCUUUGCAUUUAUAGCGUUUUUCACUGUUUUACCAGCUAUGUUUGUCGGAUGGUAGAAACACACUUAAUUCCAUAUUUAUGUUAAAUGUGUAGCUUGGCAGAUUCAGUCGAAUGGCUUGGCAGACAUAUAGGAAUCUUUACCAAACUUUGUCGCAUUUUUUUUCGCAUAAUAUCUUAACUGAAGCUCAUCAAAAGCACAUUCAUACAAUUAAAUCAACAGUUAUUUUUUUUCCCGCUCUUUAACUCAAACAUUAUCCAAUCAUUACUAAACAUGUUUACACUCUUUUAUGGGAACAUUUCUCAUCCAAAUUUGAUAGAAAGCCUGUUCUUAGCCUAUGAGUAAUGGCCCUUAAAUUUUCAAAAUAUGAUUGAUCCUCGUUUUAUUCAUUUCUUGUCCAAUAUUUAGCGAACUUGAUAGAUGUAUGUUUAGACAUAAUAUACCAUGUAAGUUUGAUUCUCUGCAAACAUGCCACCUCGCAACAUACGCUUUUUGUAAUAGUAAUUAGUGAUUUUUCAAAUUUUAAUCGUUAAAUAAAUAUACCAAUAUAUGAAACACAUACACAUGUAGUAUGCAUGUUAGUAAGAUGUUUUGAUAUGAGUAAGUGCAUACCAACGCAAACUGAACUUAUCUGAACUUAACAUGUUGGUGCUUCUUCUUAGAAAAGAUAAUUAUUGAUGGAUGUGGAUACUUAUCUCUGAUUUGCCUAAGAAUACAAACUGUAAUUUUACGAUUAUGUUGAUAUUGUGUUGGUAUUACCAGGGUUUAUAAGGGGUGCAUAACUGAGAAAUGUAUGGCUUUUACUUUUUAUACCUAGUCAUUGUGUUGUAGUAUUUAUAUUCCAGAAGCUUUUAGUUUUUUUCCCAAAGACAUUUACAUUUUUGUAUGAAACUUUUUAAGUUAUACUUUGUGUUCGUUUUAAGUUUGAUUAUUCGAUAAAUAAGGAGAGCUAUAUUACUCGCCCAAGGCCUAGGCGUUAUCAUCAGCAUCACACGUUGGUCAAGCUUGUGUAUGUAAGCAACAAUAUCUCAGCAGAUACAUCAUGAAUUGCAUUGCAACUUUAGUGUUCCCAACUAUCCAUCCUACUUAAUAAAUGAAGUAAAAUAAAUGUUUCUUGAAUAUAAUGCAAAUUAUGGACCUUUAUUACUCCAUUUACAAAAUCUGGUUGAGGUUUGGUAUGUAAGCACACAUAGGUUAAUAUCUCAGCAACAACUUGAUGUAUUGCUUUGAGAUUUUUAACAAUGCUACUCAACCAUUCAACAUACUUAAUUAACAAAGUAAGAUAACUCAGACUAAGAAAUUCUGUUAAAAGUUUUGUAUGGUCAAAUGUCACCACAUUAACUCGAUUAUAAUAAUGUCAGCAAAUAUAUCAUGUUUUGCAUUGAAAUUAUAUACAAAGGCCCCAAACAUCCAACCUUCGAUAACUCUAUUUGAAUGUAUCAUAAAUUUUGCCCAUUUAUUAUUCAAAAAAGAAUUUAAGGUUUUUGGGUAUGAUCUAAUGUAAAAUACUGUGAUAUGUGUAUGUAUCACUUAAACUUUGCAUUCAUAAAACAUAAAAGUGGCGGAAUAGUCGAGGGUAGCUGUCUCUGUGACAGCUCUUGGUUUUCUGCCAUUUUACUUGCUAUACAUGUACUUGUAAUGAGGAGACUGUCUGUGAGGGAUGAUUUUAGUUCGUGAGUUUUUUAAAUUAAACAUGCUGAUGUAUUGUCAAAGACUUGGCAUCGUAAUCAUUGAGCACAGAAACAUGAAUGUUGGUCAAAACUUGUAUCCAUUAACUAUUUGGCAUUUGGGAGACUUGUAUCAAGUCCCAUAAUUCUUACUUGCUUAGAUGAGUAAUGUCCCUUGAUUGACUGAACAGAAAGUUGCGCAUUCAUCUGCUUGUGCAGUUCUUGUUUAAAUACGCAUUUCUAAUGUAAGAAUCUUCAAGGAAAUGAAUAUAUACAGAGCUCUUGUGUAGGAUUCAAAAGGAACACGGAAAAUGUCUUUUCAUCCAUACUAAAAGUAGUAGAUAUCUCAUUCCCGUUUUAUUGUCAAAAUGCUACUUAAAUGAAGUAUAUAAUUUUUUAUAAACUUACCUUUGAAUAAAAAUGGCUAUUUUAGACUGAUACAUUAAGAUAUGUCAAUGGCUAUUUUACUACCACACUGUAUUUUAUAUUUUUAUGUUUCAGAACAGUUUACUUUUCAAAGAUUAAAGCCUAAUUUGGAGCCAAUUUUACCUAACUGCAUUGUCAGAACUGUUUUAGCCAUCAAAAUGCACACAAACUCUUGCACUCUCUUUGCUGGUAUUAUGAGAUUUUUCAUAUAGAAAACCCCAUGUUAGAAGCUUCAAUGAUUCAAAUAUGGCUGACCGAUUUAAUCAAUCUACAUCUGAACGUGUAGAACAACGGAGUAAGUCAAUCAGCCGUUCGUAUUCGAUGAUGUUUUUUUUAAAGAUGUUUGAUAACCUGGUAUCUUAAAUGCAGCAUGACUUAUAUUUGCUAUAGCAGAAUAACAUAGAUUUCGACAUAUUAAGUCAGUUUAGCAUGAGUUGAAGGUAAAAUUUCGUAAUUCCUUAAAACCAUGAUUUAUGUCUGUAUGUAUGUUAUACAAUAUGUAUUCUUUGACAUCUCAAUGCAUGACAAAUAAAGGUCUUUGAAAUCCG